AAUACGUAAUAAUUUAUACCAUUUUUUAUUUAUUUUCUGAUUAUGAAAUGUACAAAAAUGACAACGAUUCCUGUAAAUCCUCGUCUUCCAUUUGGUGUGCGAUUAUCAGAGAUAUGUGCUGAUGGAACGUUACAUCCUGGCUUACGGGAUUUAUUUUUGAAGGCGUAUUUGAAUAUUGCGGAUGAUACAAUCAGUGAAAAUAAUGAAUUUGAUAACUACAUGCAAAAAGCAUUAAGUUUUGGUGUUGAAGGUCAUGGGUCUUUGGAUGAUAGGCUGUUGCUAAAAGACUAUCUAGAAAAUGGUUUGUUUAUUAUUUCACUUAAAACACCACCAGGAGCACCUAUCUGGGUAGUUCGACAUUUUCUAGGUAGAUUACCAAAGCCUUUACUAUCCGAAUUCGAUCCUUUUUAUUUAAAUACGACACGACAUUCAUGGAUAGACCUGGCACUCGAAUGUCGAAAUGGUGUAAAAAUGGCAACAAGCCAAGGAUAUUGUUUGGAUAAAUUAAAAAUGAAAAUAGCAACGACAUUAAUACAAUUGGAGAAGAGUAACUAUUUAGUAUUAUCUGCAUUAAUUGGAUUAAUUCGAAAUCUAGGUGCUGGUCGAGACACUUCAAAUUCUCGAUUAAAUAAACGUGUAAUAUUUACACUUGUAUGUUAUUUUACGCAAGCGUUAUUCUCACGUCCUUUUCGACCUGGAUGGGCAACAGAAAAUGACCGUCGAUUUUAUCCAUUAAUGUUAUUCCUAAUCUACUAUUGGCCAGAUAUUCGGCACAUAAUAAACAAAUUAAACAGCAAUUGUCUAGAUGAACAUCUAUCACUAGGAAAGCCACGCAAGUGUGAUUCAUUACCCAUCAAAACUGAAUUCUACAAAGAUCAUUAUCGACAUCACCAGAACGACAUCAAUAAGAAGAAAACGUAUAGUUUAGACAGUGGUGGGCGAAAAAAUAAUUCAUCAAUUUCAACAACUUCUACCUCAACAUCGAAACCUGUGAAUUACGACGAAAAAGAGCACACGAGAAAACAAUCGAAAUCAUCGAAUAGUAAACCAUCGUUAACAACAGAAUCUCAUUGUCCGAUCUUAUACAAAUGUUGUAAUUGUAAAACAAUAAAUCAAAUCGAUGCAAAAAUAGUACUAAACGCUACAAAAUCGAAUAAUUUAGCAGACGCUGCUACACAAUCCGAAGAACUAACUACAACCAAUCACGAUAAAUCGAAAACAACAUGUCCAUGCAAUAUUGAAAAUUGUAUUAAUUUAAACGAAAUCGAUUCAUUUGAACAAAACAAUAUGGCGUUAUGUUUAUGUACAAAUGAUAUUUCCAAAGAAAAUUUUAAUACGAAUUCAAUUAAAUGCCAAACGAAAAAUAUUGAGUUUGGUGAAGAUUUAUUUAAUCGAUCACAGGAUCAACAAUAUUUGGAUACAUUAUCAGAAGAGGAUACUGCCAUAAGUGAUUUAUCCAGUGAGACGUCAACAACGCUCCCGUCUGAUUAUAGUAGUGAAGGUAGCUCAAAAAAUUUAAUAAAAAAAUUAAAUGUAUCGAGUUUACGUAGUAAAUUGAAAAUGUUUACGGCAAGAAAACAAAGGGAAAAAACACGACCAUCGUAUAGUGAUGAGUUUAUGAUAUAUUCAAGAGUAAAAUAUAAAAAAAUUAAUAAUUUGCAAAAAAAUACAUAAUACU